GGUGGAAACGUUCCAGAGUCGUCAUAAUCUGGCUAGUAUGGCCGUUAGCAUCUUUUCGUGUCGCGAGUUAGAGGUUUGUAUCCUCUGCUCUUCGCGGCUUUUCACCUUUUGACCUUUGCCGCGACCUCACGUACCAUCGCAGCCGUGUGCAGCGGCGAGCGCGUGCGACGUAUACAAGGCGUGCAUACGCGGUACACACUGUUGCUCUACAGGACGCCAGGAUAGAGUGAGAGAAGAACGGAUCGGGAAGAUGUGGGAAAUGGAGGAACAAAGAAGUGAGGUGCCACUAACCCAGCUCGACGUGUUCACGCAGCUGUUACCUCUCUGACCCUACCUACCCUGUCUUUACCGCUGACCUCGUGAGGACGGUGAACCUACCUGCGGCUGAUUGGCAACCUCACCUCACAGCUUGGCUGUCCCUUUCACUCCCUGCACUUUGACCUACUUAGCGCUUCGUUCGUCGCUCGGUGGAGGUUGGGGGAGUGAGGGGGGUGAAUAACUCACCUACUUUGAUAUAAGUUGUCGCGGGGUGCAUCGCACCUUUGACGAGAAUAUCGUGCCUGCCUUGCCUGUGUGACCACCCGGCGCUGGCGGGGAUAAGGUCAGCGCACUCGCCUCCCCAGACGGACUUUUUGUCUUGGUGCCCUCAUGAACCUCAGUAUUACAUGUCGUGACAAGUCUGGGCGACAUAACCAGCUCACACGACCCUCUCUCAGCCAGCGAAAACACGCGCAUCCGCAUGCUGAGGCCUCGGUGAGCACGGUGCAUGCACCCACAGUUGCUGGCGCACCUGGCGCGGUGAGAGGACGGUGGGAGGGGUGUCUGUGUCAUGCAGAUCAGCCAGUCAACGGUAGGUGAGGGAGGGGGAUAAUGAAGGGCCAAGGAGCAGGCGAGAGGAACAAGCAGGCGCACGGAAGCCGUGUUCAAUACCUGGCGAAGUAUGAACGACAAAGACGCAACAGGACGGUGUAUGUGUGUGUGUGGAGGGAAAGCGGCUGGUGGAGUUAUUUUUACUCAGGUCAAACCACUACGGUGAUUGAAGUCUGAAUGGUUGUCUACAUCGUGUCUAGUUCUCUCUGAACAGCGUCUACCUCGUGUCUUUCUUCACUGGAUGGACUAUAUUCACCUCUGGCUUUUGAACCCCGCGUCUAACACGCAAAUCACGCAGGCGUCUGGUGUGCACGAGGAGAACUUCGAAGGAUUCGAACCAUCGGGGCUUCGAUCACACGGCGCUGGCGGACUGUGAAAUUUGACAUCUUGAUCGGGAGUCAGCAGCGCCUGUGUGUGCCGUGCACCGCUGUCGCGCACCAUUGAGCAUGCUCACGCCUGGUUACACCCAUGUGACGUCAGGCGGGUGGGCCGUUCAUCACCGGAAGCCAGAGCAGCCAUCCUCGGCGGUUGUUCCUCAACCUUCAUCGCUUGUAAGGGAGAGAUAAUCACCGGUUCCUGCUUAAUCUCAGCAGCCGCUCUUGCACCAGGGAGACUAUUUCCGCUGUGGACAGGCGCUGCAGCGCCAUGCUGCGGACAGGCUUCUAAGUCGAAGGGAGAUAAUUGGAUGGCCAAAGAGAUGGGGGCGCGCUGAGUUGUCGGCCGACGUCUGCUGUUGCGUGGUGUUGGAGGUGGGGUGGGUGGGUAGUGCAAAAGGCGGCGUAGGAGCCAGAUCCCUCCUCCCUUCCCUUCUUCUCUCGAUCUUUCUUCCCUUCUUUUGGCCAGCGCUGCAGUGCUAUCGGUGCUGCUGGCCGGACGGCCGUGUCGUGAGGCCGUCUGUCGUGUUGCGUGUGUGGGAGAGACUGGGUGACGACCACCAUGCGGGCCACAGCGCUGGGAGGAUUAGCUUGCUGGACCAGCUCCGCCAAGUGGCGCAGAGAGUGAUGGAGGCGGUGCGACCAGCCUGCUGCUGCUGUUUGAACCUGUUGGCAGCACGGAAGUGGUAGCCAUGAUGGAGCACCGAGUGCGGACACCAGGUAAGAAGGGGCCGCCACCCGCUGUGCCAGCUCGCCCCCGCUACUUCCAGCCCAUCCUGCCCCCUACAGUCUCGCCCCCGCCCAUCCCCUACAGCGGCGACAAGGCCGGCCACAGCAACAGCAGCGACUCGGCCUGGGCUCACCUGACUUCAUCACCACCGACACUGCCACUGCCGGCGAUGAUGACGACGACGACAACAGCGGCGAUGAGUUGGACGCCAGCGGUAGAGAGAGCCCACCUCCACCACCUCCAGAUGUUGCCCAAAACGACCUGAUGAUGCGGCUAGGUUUGUUGCUAGGUGAGCGAAUGAACUCACAGAUUGCAGAACGACCACAUGGUCGACAUCAUGCAGGCACUUUGCCACCAGGAGCAGGCAGUCAGACCGACUUGCCGUACACUGCUGGACAAGCAAGUCACCCAGGAUCGCUUCCUUUACACAUGGCGAACCAGACAGAACAGAGCUGCAACAGCAUAUCAUCGCUUUCAUCCAGCAAUGACAACACUCCUGAAAAAGGAUUGUCAGACACAAGUCCCAUGUCUACUCUGACAGUAUCCUUCAGGUGAGCAGGUGGCUGUGGGUUCACGACAUCCUUCACAGACCUACUUUCCACCUGGAAGCCGAGAGAUUAGUUCUGACAGCGUGGCCUCCCUUGUCAGCACUAGUACCUCCCACAGUGUCAGUCCACUUGGGACACACCAGCGCCCCACUCUAUUACUACAUCCAUGCCUGGUGCCAUAGAGGAGCUGCCCAUGUUCACUGGCAAACGGCGCUCAUCUCUACGGCGAUCUGCUCGAGCAACUGUUGCACACUCUGAUGGGCGAGUUGUGUUUACACCAAUUCGACCUCCACAGCUCCAUCUCAGGCCAAUUGUCUUUGAGGUGCCACAUCCAGAGGGCAAGCCUCUCUUCCUGGGACGUGAAUGGGUCUUUAAGGAGAUGGAAAUGGUGCUGAAUGGUGAUGGAGCAUCACGAGUCCCUGGUGUGGCUGUAAUGGGUGGCAUUGGUAGUGGCAAGACAGCCAUUGUAGAGCAGCUGGUUGCCUACAGCUGCUUCAGCAACAGCUCUGUCACUGCUGGAGGAGGUACGAAAGGUGAUGGCCAUAACCUCACAAAUGGUUUCAACUACAGUCCUACAGCAACUCUCAACACCACUGGCACCACCACCACCAGUGCUGGCAACAACAGUGGUGCUGGUGUUAGUAUGAGCACUACUAGUAGUCAUGUAACAAAGGCUUCUUACACUGGCACUCCAGCCAGCUUGGGAACACUCCCACUGGUCAUUUGUGCAUCUACCAGCAACUUGAACUGUGCCUCACUGCAGAAUCUAGGAAGUCAGGUAGUUGCAUACCAUGUAUGUCAGGCUGACAACAACAUCACCUGCAUGGUGCCAGAUUUUGUCCACAGUUUGGCUGCAUACCUGUCUCGAGCACCUCAGCUACAGGCAUAUCGUGACCUCCUGACACAGGACCCACAACUUCAGCAAGUGCUGAGUCUGCGAGAGUGCAUGCAGAACCCCUCACUGUCUCUUGUUCGGGGGAUCCUUGAACCUCUACGCACGCUGAAAAAUAGUGGCAAAAUCAUUUCAGACAGUUGCCUCAUUCUAGUAGACUCACUCAACGAAGCAGAAUUCCACAAACCAGAUUAUGGGGACACCAUCGCAUCAUUCAUUGUGCGCCAUGCCAACAAGUUUCCCUCAUGGCUGAAGCUUGUGUUGACCUGUCAACUGCUUCAAGAGAUUGUACGACCUCUGCCGUUUCACCACAUUGUGAUAGAUCGAACAGGUGGUGGAGUGAGCACCAGUGGUCAUGAGAUGGUAGUGAAGGACAUGCUGGAAUACAUCAACCACCGCCUCAACACUAGCUCCGUGCUGCGCAGCAAUGUUGCUCCACAUGGCAAGUUUGACACUGCUGCGCAGCAGAAGUUCUGCUCCCAUGUACAGUCGCUUAGCAAGGGGAGUUUUCUGUACUCAAAACUUGUCUUGGACUUGAUAGAGCAAGGUCACCUGGUGUUAAAGAGCUCAAACUACAAAAUUCUUCCUAUUAAUGUUUCGGAAGUGUUCCUACUUCACUUCAAUCUCAAGUUUUCCAGUGUUCGCUCUUUUGAGCGUGUUUCAAACAUCCUGGGAGUGUGCUUAGCUGCCCUUUACCCUCUCACAUUGGAGACUAUUUUCAUGACGGUGAAUUCUGGAUACAACACCGCUACAUUGUGGGAUGACUUCUGCCAUAGGAUGGCUGUUCUUUCUGGAUUUUUGUACCGCCGGAAAGAUGCAACAUACAUGUUCUUUCACCCUGCUUUCAGGGAGUGGUUAAUACGAAGAGAUGAUGCAGAUACACCUAAAUUCUUGUGUGAUCUACGCAGUGCGGAGUUUGACUACAGGCUGGGACAUGCUCUGAUGGCUUUUCGUCUGUCCCGAGUUGUGGCACCCUUGCCAGCAGAUAAAACAAUGGAGCUUGGUCACCACAUCCUGAAGGCUCAUAUCUACAAGAGCAUUGGUCGCCAGCGUGGGUACUCCUCACGAGACAUGCAAGCCUUCUGGAUGUGCCUCAGCUCUCACAGCCUUUCCCAGGCCUUGGUAACCCAUCGUAAUGUGUUCUGCCCCAAUGUUAAGGUUAGUCGCCUGAUUCUUCUAGCAGGAGGCAAUCCUAAUGUCAGAACUGAGUUUCUGGGUAAUGCACCCUUGCUGUGCGUGGCAUCCAAAGAGGGAUUCUCGGACAUGGUGGCACUGCUACUGGAGUUCGGUGCCGACAUCAAUGCCACAUCAGACAAUGGCAUGUCAGCGCUUUGCUACUCUGCAGCAGCAGGUCACCGGGAAGUCAUGCGCAUGCUGUGUGUUCGAAAUGCAAGGCCUCCUCAGCCAGACAAGCAGGGGCAGUGUGCUGCUGUGCAUGCUGCUAUGUGUGCAAUGGAUGCCCUGGCCUUUCUGCUUCAGCUGGAAUGGCGUCCUCAUCAAGGGGAGCCAACCAAGCAAGAAGCUACUUUGCAGUGCAUGUCAGCGGCAGCAGCUACUGGAAACAAACAUAUCGUUGAAUACUUGCAUCAUGCUACCCGUGGAGAAGCACUUAACACAGUGGACUCGCUUCUGGGGGAAACAGCACUCACAGCAGCUUGCCUGCAUAGACGGAAGGAAGUGGUUCAAUACGUGCUGGAAGAAGGGGCUGAUAUAGAGGCUCCCAAUGCAAAGUCCUUUCCUCCCCUGCUGUGUGCUGUCAAGGCAGGCAAAUGGGAAAUAGCUGACACUUUGUUGCUAGCAGGAGCAGACAUUGAACAGACCGACAAGUAUGGUCGCACAGCACUCAUGAUUGCUGCUAGCGAGGGCCAUCUUGGUGUUCUUGAAAUGUUGCUUUCCAAGGGAGCUCAGCUGGAGCGAAAGGACAAGGAGGGCUUGACUGCUCUCUGUUGGGCAUGCCUGAAAGGUCACCUGACGAUCGUGCAGUCCCUCACCCACCGUGGGGCAGACAUCCACCACAGUGACAACAAUAGCCGCACACCUCUGCACCUGGCUGCAUUUUAUGGAGAUGCUCAAGUGGUACAGUUUCUGAUUGAGAAGGGUGCCCAAAUUGAGCAUGUAGAUGUUCAUGGCAUGCGGCCAUUAGAUCGUGCCAUUGGCUGCCGCAACACAGCCGUCAUUGUUUGUUUCCUUCGCAAGGGCGCAAAGCUUGGUCCAGAGACUUGGGCUAUGGCUGCAGGCAAGACUGAUGUCCUACUAUUGUUACUGAACAAGCUUAUGGAGGAUGGGAAUAUCCUGUACAAGAAAAAUCGCAUAAAGGAGGCGGCCCAGAGAUACCAGUAUGCCUUAAAGAAAUUCCCUCGUGAGGGACUCGGAGAGGAGGGGCGAACAUUUCAUGACCUCAGGCUUAACUUUCUGCUGAAUCUUUCCCGCUGCAAACGCAAGUUGGGGGAUCAUCCAGCAGCCAUUCAGCUAGCCACUAAAGCUCUGGAGCUGAAACCAAAGUGUUUUGAGGCCUACUAUGCACGGGCUCGAGCCAAACGAGACAGCCUUCAGUACAGCUCUGCCCAAAGCGACCUUGUCGAAGCCUUGAGACUGGCACCCAACAACAGAGAGGUUCGCCGACUCCUCACACGAAUCAAAGAGGAAUGCAGCCAACAGGUGUCUAGAUAUGAGAGUGGCCUGCCUUCUCAUAUGGCAGAGAUGGACCGAAUUUCAGAAGACGAAGAUGACUCAUCACUAGCCUUGGAAGUACCAACCAGCCAUCAACACCAGAUGCAGCAACGUCAGCUGGAACAACAAGAACCAGAGGAAACUGACCUUUGAUAAAGGAUGUUUGGACUACCUCCUGCAUUGUGAAAGGAAGCUUCCUUAUUUUUGUGAACAGCAUGGCAUGAUGCCCCCCACUUUCACUGGAAUGACUGCUGGGAGGCAAGGAGUUCCAGGGACUUCUGUAGCCCUGCUCUGCUGUACAUGCCGGUCAUUUCCCGAAAGAUGAGACUGCCAUUGCUAUGAUUGUGUCAAGUGCAGUCACUGGUUGCAUAACAAGACAACUAUAUAUAUAUAUGAUUGUGUGAGUCUGUGAGCUGCUUUGUUUGCAAACCUGUGUCUUCACCUGCAAGAGCUUUAUGGUGCUAUUUUAUUUUAUUUUUAUUCCAGUGUGUUUCAUUUUGUAUAUGAAGAAGCUUUUGAUGACGUAUGCCUUGGUUGUCAUGGUAAAUAUUUUGUUAAAAAGCAGGUACAUGUGAGCCUUAACUUUCCACCAAAAACUCUGAUCCCUCUCAUUAUUCCCCUCCUAAAAAAAACCCUAAACCAUAUUUCUGUGUUAAGACAGGCAUAUUCAGCGUGAUAAAAUAUGGAGAUACUGUUUAAAGCCAAGGAAUACAUGUCUACCCAGUGAUAUAAAUAUAUCGCUUGAUUAAUCCCUUUUUUAUAUUGUAGUGGCCAGAUUGUGUGGGUAUUUCUGCCUAUCUUUACAGCUGAUAUGUAGGAAAUCAAAAGUAAACCUUAAAUUAUAUGUAAAGAGUCGUUGCCUAUUUAAGACCUGGGUGAGAAACCUUUGCACUGUAUUAGAAUGCUCUUUGUAUCAUUUGUAUCCAGUUAUUACCAUUCAGUGGUACUUGUUUACACCAGUGCCGAUAUCUGACAAAGGACUUGCUAGUUUUUGUUUUGUUUUUACCAAUUUCUUUUGUAUCGAAACCAAUCCAAUAUUUUAAGCUGCGUGACAAUGGUUCAAUAUCACAAUUAUUAUUGUUUAUAGGCUAUAACUAUCAUGCAACCUUUGGUGCAACAGAUAUAACAGCUUAAAAUAAUAGCCAGAGUGCUAGAUGUCAACCUGUAGAAAAUCUGUAAGAGUAAGCAAACCUGUGCCAUCUUUAAGGAUGGAAUAUUAAUGGAAAUAUGAAAAUGUGGUGUGAUAUUUGACAAGCUGGUUGUUUGUGUUGGGUGCCCUCUCCUUGUGAGUGUGGGAAAGCUGGAUACAGCAGAGACUGUUGAGAGUUUGUAAAUAUUGUUAUCAAACUGUUUCACAGAUGUGACGUGACCCUGACUAAUGUCUUUGCAGAGCAAUGCUUCCAUCAUCAAGCAUGAAAACAUUAUCCACUGCUUGAUGCAGACUGCAGAAGUUUGAUCCCAAAUAAGUGUUGACAUAGAUUUGUUUAUGAUACACGACAGAGUAUAACACUAGAGUGUCUGAAGAGAGAAGUGGUUGACACUAAAAUUGUUACCAUGGAAAUCCCCUUGAUCCAAGCAUUAUUCUUCGAUGCGUGUUUACUGGGGUACAUAUUUGCCUUCAGUAGGCAACUGUGAACAUGUAAUGCUGUUUGCCAUUUAUCCCCGGCAGUUUACUGUUGCAAUUUUCCUUUGUAAGGAAAGUGUUAUUGAAAAGACUUUCUGUUUUAAACUUAGCUUGUAUGGAAAACUACAAUUGGGGGGUUGUUUGGACUGUGGCUAAAUUGUCAGUCUGUAAAUUGUGUUUGUGGCAGAUGUGAGGUGAACGAACUCUUUGUCUAUACUGGGGUAAAGAUCUGUUUGAUGUUUCUGUCCAUAUAGAUAGCAACAGCAGAAGCAAUUUCUGACAUCGUAUUACAUCCUAAGGCUAAUGAAGGGCCUUGUGCAGUGCAAUAGAAAUCAUAUUCUCUUUUUACCAGAAUUAAUGGUCUUGAUUGUGUAGACAGCGUAGGAUGUGUAAUGUAUGAGGUUAGACUGCUAGGUAUUGAUGCAGCCAGGUGUUUGCCGUCUACAGUUUACCAUCUUUUCUCCCUCUCCACAUGGCUCCUGUAGUUUGUUGUCUUUACAUCUAGCAAACUUGUGGUUUGUGUAGACCGAUGUUGGGUUUAUUGACGCAGGCAAAUACAAAGUUUAAAACAACAAACCUUGCCUUUCACUGAUAUGCGGACCAUGCGUGUCCAUCGUGACAUGGCCCAUAGGUAUGGUGCUUUCAAGCUUUCUGGAAUCCACUUGCCCCUUUCCUUGUGUAUGUGGUUUAUUGUUUUGUUUCCUUUGCAGCCAUCUACCUCUGCCUAAUAUUCUGCAUUUAAUGGUGCAAGUCAUUCUAGAUAGUGAAACCCUAGAGCUCAUUUGCAUAAUAUCACAACUGAAAACUGAGUAGGUACAUGGUAAGCACGAGUGGUUUAUGAAUGAGUCAUUUCAGUGUGCCUUUCUGUGAUACAGAGUGAAGCCGCUGAAUGCAAAGGUUUUGUGCUGAUGCAAGUGAGACUGUGCAUGAGAAAUUUGCAGCAAUAGAGAACCGAAUGCUGUUAUUAGAAUGGGUUAACUGCAACAUACAAUACAGAAAUGAAAAUGCCUAUAAAAUCUUAUGACUUGUAUCAGGUCAAAGGCUCGUAAGAUAUAAUACAUGUGUGACAUGCAUUUUAGAGGGUUCGGACAAAAAUAAAAAGCCUUGAACUUUUGUACAAAGGGAGUGAAUGCAUGUUUAUUAAGCUGGUACAGCCAGAGAAGGUGGGUUGUGGUGUAUGGGGAGAGGGGGUCUAUCAGUUCUAAGACUUAAGACAUCUAUGCCACAUCUAGCAGCUUGCUUAGUGAGGCUAUGCUGAGGUCUGU